UACCACAUGCGCAAUGGAAGUUAAAAAGAUCACCAACUCCUCAUCGUCAUCAUCGGGGCGUAAACAACCGACAGCUGUUUCGCGUAUGAAACAAGAUUAUAUGCGUUUAAAACGAGAUCCAUUGCCAUAUAUAACAGCAGAACCAUUGCCAAAUAAUAUACUAGAAUGGCAUUAUGUUGUAAAGGGCCCAGAAGAUUCACCAUACUAUGGUGGUUAUUAUCAUGGGACGUUGUUGUUUCCCCGAGAAUUCCCAUUUAAGCCGCCUUCAAUAUAUAUGCUUACACCAAAUGGUCGUUUUAAAACAAAUACACGAUUGUGUUUAAGUAUAUCAGAUUUCCAUCCAGACACCUGGAAUCCAACAUGGUGUGUCGGCACAAUAUUAACUGGGCUAUUAAGUUUUAUGUUGGAAAGCACCGCUACCUUAGGCUCCAUUGAAACAACAACAUAUGAAAAACAACAACUAGCCAAAAAAUCACUUGCAUUUAAUUUAAAAAAUCCACAUUUUGUUGAGCUAUUCCCCGAGAUCUGUGAGGAGAUCAACAAGAAAUUGCAAAGUGAAAAGGAGCUGAAAUUGAAGGCCCUCAAUGCUGCCUCGGCCGCCAAUGGUGGUAGUGCUUCGGCCAACGGCAUUAAUGGCAAAACAAAUUUGGCCAAUGGUGGCCUUGCAAAUGGUGGUAGCAUAGGUUUAAAUGGAAUUGCCGCAAAUGGUGGCCUAAAUGGUGAUGCAAAUAAUGCAGGUGCUGCUCAAGCUCAUGCCGAUGCAAAUUCGGGCAAAAGUCUUUCGAAUUCCUAUUUAAAUUGGCAGUCAAAUCUGAUAAUUUUAAUAUGUUUUGCUAUAUUUGCAUUAGUGGUAAAUUAUGUUUUAAAAAAUAUAAAUCAGGAAUAGAAUUUGAAAGUCCAUUGGUGGUUAGCCGAACAAGGUGGGAGGAAUGGAUGGGUUGCAUAUAAAAAUGU